UGUUUUUACUCGAGUCACUCGAGUGAAUUUGUCAAACUCGUACUAGAUUGAAAAAAAAUAUUAUUCGAGUCUCUAUGCACUCGAGUUACCGAGUCAACUCGGCGCAUCGAGUUAAUUCUGUUGCCACUAGAUGUCACUUCACUACUCUAUUUUACUUAUCUGUGUCGGGCCGGUACAAACAAAUCAAAACUGACAGGUUUAAACUUGCAUCUCGUAGUUAGCCGUACUUUAAGUUUUUUUUACCAAAAUUGAUUGAAUAUUAGUGUUUAAAAGUGAAAAAUACGUAAAAGAGUUGAUAUUCUUAGUAUUGGUGAAUAUAAAUUAAAGUGUAAAAGUGAUUAUACCUUAGGUAUUUGAUUGUAAGUAACCUACUUAAUUAUAUUGUUAAAAAAUAUGAGUGAAAAAGAAAAUGGAGCUAAACAGAAAUCAUCAGUGUGGUUAUAUUUCGAAAAAAACAGUACCAAUAAAACUGUCAUAUGUAAAAUUUGUAAAAAACAAUAUAAAGAUUUCGGGAAUACCACCAACUUAAUAACACAUAUGCGAGGAAAACAUUCGCUCCAAUUCAGUGGUUUUUUUGAAAAUAAAGAUAAAUCCAUAGAUAGAGACAGCAAAAUUAAUAAUUCAUGUGGACUAUCAACAUCUACCGCUAAUAAUCAAGUGGAAACUGUUGGCUCUGAUACGACUAGACCUGAAGAGUGUGCUACCAAAAAGAGGCGUUAUAAACAGCUAUGUUUUUCAUCAUCCAAAAAACAAACCCAAAAAGAUAUUGAUAUUGCCCUCGUUAAAAUGAUUUGCACUGAUAUUCAGCCUUUGCAAAUAGUAGAAAAUAAAGGAUUUAUCAACUUUGUCCGGACAUUACAUGCCGAUUACAUUCUCCCAGACAGAAAAACUUUGUCGGAAAGGUAUUUACCUCAACAGUACCAACUGGCACGCUCUUCUCUAGCUGAUAAGCUAGAAGAUGUAAAGAAUUUGGCUCUAACUACAGAUAUGUGGACCUCGGAUAGCAAUAAGUCGUAUUUGACGGUCACAGUUCAUUUCAUUAGCGAAUCAAAACUAUUCGCGCGUACGUUAAGCACAGUAGAAGUAAAAGAUGUACAUUCUGCGACUGUUAUAGCCAACGUUUUAGAUACUGUUUUGGAGGAAUGGAGAAUCAGUGACAAAGUUGUUACUGUUGUAACUGACAACGCCUCCAAUAUUAAAAAGGCUGUAUCGGAAUAUUUAAAUAAAAGAAAUCACUUUUGUGUGGCCCAUACUCUAAAUUUAGCAGUAUCUGACUGUAAAAAAUCAAACUUGCCAUUGACGUCAUUGUUAGAAAAAUGUCAUACUGUAGUAACUUAUUUCAAACAAAGUACUAAAGCAGCUUACAAAUUAAAAGAACUGCAAGAGCAGAUGAACCACCCUGUCAUAAAAUUAAAACAAGAGGUUAUUACAAGAUGGAACUCAAGUUUUGAAAUGAUGGAGAGACUACUACAGACUAAAUUAUCCUUAUCAGCCGCAUUGUCUACCAUGUCUUCUGCUCCGGAAAAUUUCACUGCUAACCAAUGGGAGGCAAUAGAAGAUUGCGUCAGUGUUUUAAAACCUAUUGAGCAAUUGACUACAAUACUAUCUGGCGAAAAAUAUCCAACUUUGUCCUCUAUGAUACCGUUAAUCAGAAAUGUCCAAACUUGUCUUAUAAAGAAGGUUCCGGUUACAGAAAUAGGUGAAAAUCUAAAAAUCUCUUUGCAUUCUGCUAUCACUAAACGCCUCGGUAUCUUAGAGACCAACAAAACUGCUGCCAAAUCCACUUUUUUAGACCCCCGCUACAAGAAAGCUGGUUUUGGCCUCGAAGCCAAUGCAGAAAAGGCUGCCCAAUGGGUUAUAGAAGAGUUAGAAUCAGAGAUUAUAAAAAAAAAUAGGAAUUUAGCUCCUGAUGAAUCUAGUCAGACAGUGAACACGUCAAGUAAUGCUAAUGCUAGCAUUGGCACAAAUAAUAAGGCUAAUGAUUUAUGGGAGGAUUUUGACAAAAAAAUAUCAGAGAGAGAAUUAAUACAAACACCUACUUCUUCUGCUAUAGUGAUUGUGAAACAAUAUAGAGAAAUGCAAUAUUUAGAUCGUCAUCUCGAACCAAUACUAUUUUGGGAACAGCGAAAAAAAGCGAUGCCGGAGUUAUAUGAGUUAGCUAUUAAAUAUUUAUGUAUACCUGCAUCAUCCGUUCCUGCAGAACGAGUGUUCUCUAAAGCAGCCUUAAUUUGUAACCAAAGAAGAAAUAGAUUAGAUUCUAAAAAAGUAGACGAAAUCAUUUUUCUAAAUAGUUACUUCUCAUAAUAUUUUUUAUUAUUUUAUUUUUUUCACAAAGAAGAAAAAUGUUAAGUUAAGCACAAUUAUUAUUAUUGAUUUGUCUUUAAGAAUCUAUUUUUAUUUGUUUUGUAUGAAUAUUUAAUGUUUGU